AUGGCCACUUUCCACGUUGGCUGUCCGCUCACGCUGAGGCCCAUAUGUCGCUGCUCUCUCGGGUCUGUCGGACCACUGGCUGCCUGCCACGUGGACGCGCAGACGGCUGUGUUGGCGUGGUCCCUGUGGGAGCGCGGGAAGCUUGGGGUGGCGGGGGGGACGAGGACGGGGGGAGGGGGGGGGACGGCGGAAGGGGAUGCGGAAGAGGGUGCUGCUGCUGUAACGGACGCUGCUGUGUCGAAUGAUGCUAUAACGGAUGAUGCUGCUCUUCUUCCCCACCCCUCCCUCGUCCUCACCUCCCCCCUCGUCCCCACCCUCAUCCCCACCUCUCCCGUGGACCCCACCUCUCAUCUUAUCCCCACCUCUCCCCUCAUCCCAACGUCUCCCGGCAUUCCCGGCUGUCCCCUCCAUGCAGACGGCGGGGUGAUCGAUCAACCAUUCCUGCAAGCCACACAAGCUCCUGCCGCUGGUUACCACGCGGCUGGUUACACGCCUGGCUUGGAGUGGGGCAGUGGGGGGGAGGCAGUGUGGGGGCACUCUGCCUUCGGUGGCCAGGGGCUGGAUCACCCACACGGACUCCUUCACUCUGCAGUAGCAGUGGCAGGGGACGCCAUUCCCAAGCCUAGAAUCCCGGGCCCCAGGCGUCCUCCCAAGCCUAAGAUUUCCGGUGCUGCUGCUGGCGCUGCUGCUGGUGCUAGUGAUACUGGUGAUGGUGCCGGUGCUGGUGGUGGUGGUGGUGCUGCUGGUACCGCUGGUGGUGGUGGUGGUGGUGGUGGUGGUGGUGGUGGUGGUGGUGGUGGUGGUGGUGGUGGUGGUGGUGGUGGUGGUGGUGGUGGUGGUGGUGGUGGUGGUGGUGGUGGUGGUGGUGGUGGUGGUGGUGGUGGUGGUGGUGGUGGUGGUGGUGGUGGUGGUGGUGGUGGUGGUGGUGGUGGUGGUGGUGGUGGUGGUGGUGGUGGUGGUGGUGGUGGUGGUGGUGGUGGUGGUGGUGGUGGUGGUAGCAUUGUCCGUUCCGGCCACAAGACAGUGCGUGGGGAGGGGCAGCCCAGCAGGGCAAUGGCGGCGAGCGGGGCGCAUGAAGGCCAUGGAGAGGGUGGUGCUGGUGGGGAGGAUGAUGGGGGAGCAGGUGCUGUGGGUGGGCCGGGAGAGAAGGUCGGAGUGAAGGUGAAGUUAAAGCGUAGAGUGAAAGUGAAGCUUCCUGAAGGGAAGAAGGUAGUAGGUGUGAGUGAAGGUGGGCGUGGCGAGAAGGGAAUGGAUGGUGAAGCUGCGAUAAGGCGGACGGGAGGGCAGGCAGGAGGGGAAGAGGAUGGAGGGGAGCGGAAGGAGGGAGAAAAGAAAGAAAAGGAAGGGGAUAGAAAGGAGGGAGGAAACAAAGAAACUAAAGCGGAAGGAGGCGAGAGUGGGAAGGGGGACAAGAGGAAAGAGAGAGGGGAGGGAGGGUUGGCAGGGGGUAAGGCGGAGGAAGCAAAUAAACGGGAGAGGGAGGAGAAGGUGAAGGGUCCGAGGAGAGAGGAGGGGGAAGAGGAGGGGGGAGAGGGAGGGAGAGGAGGAAAGAGCGAGAAAAAGGGAGAGGAUGAGAAGGGAAGCAGGCAGGCAGAGGGAGAAAAACGGGGGCUACUUAAAGCUGUACCUGCAAAGAGGGGGAGACCUGUUGGUGGGUCCAAGGCUGCUGCCGCUGCAAUCGCCGCCGCCGCCGCUGCCGCUGCUGCUGUAGCAGCAGGGGCCGCCAGUAACACUGAUGCUGCUGGUUGUGGUGCUGCUGUUGGUGGUGCUGAGGGUGUUGCUGUGCCUUCUGGAGGGGUUGAUGCUGGGAAGGUUGCACCUGAUGAGACGCUGACAGCAGCACGCAAGGACAAGGCGCGUCUGGCUGCUGGGGAGGGGCGAGAAACAGUUGGAAGGGGUGACAACGACGGAGAGAAGGGCAGAGGAAAGAAUAGUGCAGAGAAUGUUGGAGAAGUGAAGGAUGGAGGAAAAGAGUCCGGGGAGGCAGAGGAUGGGGAGACCGCUAAGGGGGGAGAGAGGCCAGGGGGAGAUAGGGUGGGAGGAGGGGGAUGGGGUUGGCAUGUGGCUGAAGGCGACGAGGAGGGCGCGAGGGAAGAGGGGGCAGUGGGUGCAGUGGUGAGCGAGGGAGUAGAUGCAGGAGGAGAGGGCUCUCAGGGGGAGACGGGUGAGAUGGCGAGGGCGAGUAAGAUGGAGGGGAGGCGACAUGGGGGCAGGGAGAGGAAGAGGAGUGGUGAGGAGGUGGCGAGGAGGGAAAGGAGAGAGGGUGGGAGGGGUGACGAUCUGGAAGUGCAGGUGACGGAAGAGAAGAGAGGGAGAGAGAAGCGACAUGAGGAGAAGGGGAGAGAGAAGAGGGGAAGAGAAGAUGGUGUUGUGAGGAGGGGAGAAAAGGAUGAAAGAAAGAGGCGCGGGGAUGAUUGGGAGGAGGAUGCAAGGGAGGAGGAGGGUAAGGAGGACGAUGAGGAGCGCAGAAAAGGAGAGGGGGCAGAAAGGAUGUCAGCCAGAGCGAGAGCAAUGAGAGUGCAGGAGACGGCUGGAGAGGAGGGGAUGAAGCGGGUGGGUGGUGAUGAGACAGGCCGAUAUGAGCAUGAGGAGGAGGGAGAGAGAGGGGACACGGAAAGGGGAGCAGGGAUUUUAAGAGAGGACAAGGAGAGAGGGGAGAGAGGGAGAAGAGGGAGGAAGGGGAGGGAGGCGAGUGAGGGUGGGGAGGGGAGUGUGUGGUGCGGGCUGUGUGGGGGAGAGGAGGAGCAGGGCAGUGCAAAAGCUGCUCGCCUGGUGCCGUGCCCGCAGUGUGGUCGCAGCUUCCACCGCCACUGCCUGCUGGGGAUGGCUGACAACAGAGGUAUGUCUGUGUGCUCUGUGCCUGCUCUGUGCCUGCUGUGUGCCUGCUGUGUGCCUGCUGUGUGCCUGCUGUGUGCCUGUUGUGUGCCUGUUGUGUGCCUGUUGUGUGCCUGUUGUGUGCCUGCUGGGUACGGCUAG